AUGAAUCCCGUUCCUCCACCCCCUCCGUCUAUAAAUACGACCAUGUCGGAUGGGCGAAGUAGCAUUCUUAAUGCAACAGUGGCAUACCCCUCCUACUUACCGCCCACAGACCGCUUGUGGUCCUUUGUGGACGACGCGACUGGUAUUGAUUGGUAUGCCCCAAUGCUUGCUAUUCAACAACUCAGCAAGCUACCAUUCGCGUCUCUCGCUAUACCUCCGCCACCACCACUAGUUUUCCCGCCUGGAGAGCUUACUCUGUCCAAAAUCUUACCUGACGAACAAAUAUUUUCGCUCUUAAACCUCUUUGACGAGCGAUAUACUCCAUGGCUUAACUUCAAGCCUGCGCGGAACACUAACAGUGCUGUUCUCGACAUGGUCUGUUGUGCCGUUGCUGCCCGCCAUCUCGACAACAGCCCGGCUAGCAUCCAAGCCAAAAUGCUGCUGCAAAAGCUCACCGACGACUCGAUUGCGAAAAUCAUCAUGAAUCCACGGCCGCAUGAAUCGGUGGAGUCUAUCCAGGCUUUGCUUAUCCUGUCGCUAUGGGCGCCGCUAGGUGGACCGGUCGACAAUGAGGGCCGAGACGGUCGGUUGUUGGUCGCCUCCGCCGUCAGUAUGGCAAUGAACCUGAGGUUAAAUCAGGCAUCUUUGAAGGCGAGCUCGCUGCGGAAGCGAAUCUUGAACCCCGACGAGCAACGAAAACUUGUCGAGGCUGUGGACAAUGCACGCUUGUGGAUUGCUCUCACCAACACCGAAUCCAUGCUUUGCCUUGGGACCGGUCGCAUACCAUUGUCCCGGAGGUCUCCUGAAGAUCUACAUGAAGUACAAUUUCCUAAAGCCUUCCACCACGACACAAAUUAUAAUGAUUUGCGCCUUGGACUCGUCGCUUCGGCGUUCGACCUUUUGGAAGACGGAGCAAAUAACCGCCUGCAAGCUGGUAUGGAUGUCGAUGAGUGGUAUGACCAAAUUACCGUCAUACUAGAGAAGAUGAAGCGGGUAAAACGACUAAUGGGCCCCUUACCCUUCGUCCUCGAAAGAGAACAAUUCUACUUCCACAUGCUGAAUAUCUACGAAGCGAUGUGUCGCCUUCUGAUUCUUUACCACGCAAUGUGGGAUGCGCGGGGGUCUGUAGGAAGUGUCCCUCCCGGCGAAAGCUGGCACCAAUUCUUCAAACCCCAUGGCAUGGAGGCUGUCGGAGAGUGGGGCCGGGAGAUGGCGAUCAGCACCGAAGCGCUGCUGACCUAUGUUCUCGCUGCGGACUCGCGCCUUCUGAGUACAGCCCCCGACAACAUCUUCACGAUGGUCGCGCUUACGUCGGGGUACCUCAUCGGCGUCAAGUUUCUCAUGUUUCGCGGGGGAACGGAUUUGCUGGGCUCCAGCGAUCUGCUUCUGAGUAAAGUCGUGUCGCAAUUGGGCAGCGCAGUUUGCGGCCCGGGACAUGCAGCCCAGCGCACAGCACUAUUGGUGCGAGGCAUGAUUGCCAAAUGGGAGGCAAGACAUCGCCCUCCUCCACAGCGACCCACACCGAAUCGCUCCCCUUCCAGCCAGCCAUUCCCGUCCUCUAGUCUCCCUCUUCCAUCACCUUCAUCGUACCCGACCCCCAAUUCUGACGGCAGCAUGGUCCAAAAGACCCCCAACUCUGAAUUCCUAGAGCUAUCUGCCUUUACAGAGCCGCUGAACCAAAUGAGUCCUCUGCCAGACAUCGAUUUCAGCCUCUUCAUGGACAGCAUGUCGAUGGAUCCCGAGUUCUGGGGCAAUUUGGCGCAGCAGGCACAUCUGCUUCCUGGUCACGAGUAA